AUGAGCCUGUGUAGCGCAGCGGCGAGGCCGCGGCUGGCGGCGGCGUGCGGGGAGCCCGUGCGCCCAGCGUGGGCGUGCCCUGCCCGGGCGCGGGCGGCCAGGCAGCAGCGCCCGGCGGCGUCGCGCCGCGACGCGGAGCCCGCGCCCGGAGUGUCCAGACACGAGCUCCUGCGCGGUAUCGUGGCAUCGGGGCUGCUCACUGCGCUUGUGCCGGCCGGAGCCGUCCGCGCGGAGGGGGUGUUCAGCGAGCUUAAGAACGACACCCUGGCAUACUCGUUCAAGUACCCCGUGGCUGACGUGGACGGCAACGCCAUCCCCGUGAUCUUCAGCAGAAAGCCGGAGAAGUACUCCAGCGCGGCGCCGCUCACCGCAGACGCGCGGCAGCGCAUCGUCGCGGAGCUCGUCGACCUGAAGGACUCCAUCACGUACUCGAUGUCCGUCGGCCCCGCGUACGGCGCUCUGGCGCGCAAGGAGCAGGCGGCGUGGACGGCGAAGGACGUCGCCGAGGCGGUGCUGGCAGACAAGUCGACGGCGCGCGUCACGACGGGGCAGCGCGUGUCGCUCGCGACGAUCGAGAGCGCCGAGGCCGUCGAGGAGGGCGGCGUGACGUACUGGCGCUACGAGACGGUCUCGCAGGGGUCCCCCAGCCAGAUCAAUCGCUCGAAGGAAACGUACCGCCACGCGUACCACGUCACGGCGGCGCGCCCAGGCCUCGCGAACACGCCCUUCCUGUACACGCUGUCCUUCUCCGCGCCCGAGGACGUGUGGGUGAGGCUGGAGCCGCUGCUGCUCGAGGCCAGGAACUCCUUCAAGAUGGAGGCUACGGGGAAGGGCUACGUCCCGCCGGACAAGGACCCGUGGCUCUUCUUCUGA